AUGGGGCUCUCGAUCUUCCAGGGAAAGGAGUACUCUUUUCCUGUGGACUGGUGGUCACUUGGGGUCCUUGUCUUUGAAAUGUUGACUGGUGAUUCCCCCUUUCAAGGGGACAAUGAAGAUGAGCUCUCCACAUCUGUCUGCACAGACACAAUUGAGUAUCCCAGCUGGCUAAACCAGGAGUCGAAGGACCUGCUUGAGAAGCUUCUGGAGAGGGACCCCACUCACAGGCUGGGUGUGGCUGGAGACAUCCGGGCUCACCCCUUCUUUGAAGUCAUUGACUGGCCUACUCUUGAAAAGAGGGAGAUGGAACCCCCCUUCAAACCAAAAAUCACGGGUGAUCCUGAAGAAGACCUAUUGGACCUGGAGUUCCUGAGCAAGGUGUCCUUUCUCUCAGACAGGGACACUGGCUCUGUUGUCCCUGAUGACCAGUUGGCCUUUGCUGAUUUUUCCUUCAUUAACCCUAAGUGGGGUGGUUAAAUUUAAUUACCAAAAGGUCAUAAAGUAUUGUGACUGAUGAAUUAAAAUAGUGUUAAUUCAACUUAAAUAUACAUAGUGUUUUGUUAUUGUGAAGAGU